GGGGAAAACAUCAUUGCUUCAGAUAAAUUAUUGUCAUUGGCCAAUGUUACCACUUCAAGAUUUUGCAUCAGGAGAUUCUCUGUCCCUCCAACUUGGAGGUCUCUAGCAGCAGCCUAUUUGAAACUGAAGCUGUGCAGCUGGUUCUACAAUGGCCACAACUUACACAUCACCUACACAAUACAGUGUUAAGCAAUGGCAUUUGGAAAGCUUAGGUCUUCUUGUAGGAGGCCCAAAGAACUCAGACCAAACUCAGAAGAUGGAACUUCUGCAUACAAGAUUCAGCUCAUGGACACCUAUUAAAAACAAAUCUCUUAACAAUCAGCUCUUUCAGGAAAGAAUCAGGCUUAUAAGUUACUGGUUUGACCUGUGGACAGACAGACAGCGCAAAGAGUUUCUCCACCAGAUAUUCACCAAAUGCAACAAGUCACAAGUGAAAUUUGCUGAACAAUGGCUUUUAGAAAAUAUCCCAGUGACCAAAGUGGACUUCACCGCCUUACUUCCACGAUUCAUAUCUUUGUACAUCUUCUCCUUUCUCAACCCAAAGGAUCUUUGUGCUGCUGCCCAGGUCAACUGGCACUGGAAGUUUUUAACAGAACAGGAUUGUCUGUGGAUGCCAAAAUGUAUUACCUUAGGAUGGUUUCUUCCCUAUACUCCAGAAAAAAAUGAAUAUGGGGCUUGGAAGCAACAUUAUAUUGCAUAUGCAACUGAUGUGGAUCGAUUAACUCCCAGGGAAGCCACUGGAACCUAUGGAAUCCUUGGAGAACAUAAAACACAGUAUGAAGAUCAACAAGAGAGACUGUAUGCAAAACAUCUGCGAAAAAUUAUUAGAGAACGAAUGGCACUACACAAGACGGAAUUGUUGAAAGCUCGUCCCCCGUGGUUAAGUGGAACAUGGAGCUCAGGAUUUUACAGACAUGGAUGCCAAUUGAGUUUGUCACAGACUAUCCAUGACCGAACUAGAUUGCCUGCGGCAGUGUUACUGGCAAAGGAAAGAAUGCCUUCCUCAAAUGAUACACUUUCAAAACCUUUUUCUGAAGAACUGAAAUCACAAGUGAAAUUCAGCCAGGCAGCAGAGAAGCAGCUUGUAAAAAAUGUUGCUGGUAGCAGCUUUUAUCCUAUAAUGUCUCACAGAAAUUGUUGGACUGUUUCUCGAAGCUGCCCUAAUGAGGAACAUGCUCUUCAGCCACACCUGAUCCUCAUAUCAUCCCAUGUUCCUGCUUAUGAGUUGAUCGUGGACAGUGUUAAGCCUGGAAUCAUCCCCAUAGUGUAUGAGCCUAGCAGCAGCACCUUGGAAAGCCUCCUUUUUUAUGUGCAAAAGGUCUUGGAUGGCCAAAUAUCAAAGAGUAUUGGGAUUUUCAGUAAUGGAAAUUCUAGGGGAAUUAACCUGCUUCAAGGCCACAGAAUCAGUGUCAAGAAUCUGCUUAAGCCUGAAGUGAGAGACUUUUGGGAGAAGUUAAAAAGCUGUGUAAAAGAAGGUGGCACUAUAGAUAUCUUUGUUCCCUUGGCAGCUUCAGAGGCAGGACAGGAGGCCUUUCCUCAGCUCUCUCUGUUAUCUGGAAUGUAUGCAGAAUAAUCCAAAAAGGAGGAUACUGUGUCAUCUUGCUGUGUUGUUACAGUCCUCGGUGAAUGGCUGGGAAAUCAGAAAAGCCCCUCUCCUCCAUCCUUCUACUUCACUGAAGUCAAGCUGCAGGUGUGGCUUAGGUUUACAGAACUUCUAGAAGAUGCUCUGAAAGCUGUCAGAAAAUACUUGAGACCACAUUUCUCUGAUUUGCAGAAGAAUAUAGUUGGCAAGAUUCUUGGUCAAAUUAUGUCUGAUACUCUGAGCUGGGCUGAAUUUCAAGACUACCAAAGAAUAGCCCAGGUUUUGGCUGAUGGAUUAGCUGAAGUUUCCAGAAGAAAUCAUGAAAAUCCUUUGGAAUUUCUAGCACAUUUCCUGAUGAAGAAAUAUACAAAAAAUGAAGAGCACAGAAGACAGGUUUUCUUGACUGAAAGUAACUCAGAGGCAAGCCUUGGUGUAUCAGUUAAGAAUGGUCAGCUUCAUGAUGACAUAGCAUACAAGCGCAAAAGCUUUGCUAGAGAGCUUCUGCUAAGUGAGAAGAACUAUGUGCACACUCUGGAAAUUGUAAGGGAUGUUUAUGUUAAACCACUGAAGGCAGCUUUAUCCUCAAAUCGAGCUAUCCUAAGCUAUGUCAGCAUUCAGCUCAUCUUUAUGGAUAUUUUGGACAUAUUACAACUGAACAGGUGGUUCUUAGAUGAGCUAAUACAAAGACUUAAUGAAUGGAGCCCAGCCCAAAAUUUAGGAGACCUAUUCAUUAAAUUUGGCCAGCAGCUGCAAUCAUACAUAAACUUCUACAACAACUAUGCAGUAAUUCUGAAAACCAUAGACAAGUGCAGGAACAUCCCAAUAUUCCGUGCUUUCUUGAAGAGGCAUGAUAGGACUGUCAUUACCACCAUGAGGAGCCUACAAGAACUCUCUUUGGCCCUUCUAAGAGGAUGAAGAAUACAUCACCCUCCUGAUGCUUUGCGAGUUCACACUCCGCGACACAUUGACCGGGAAACUUUGACUACGGCAAUAGUCAAAUGAAAAAAUGCAAGAUAUGUAGAUCAGGUUUGCUAAAAACAAAGCAUGGGCAGAGACGACAACUGUUAAGUACACAAAAGACUCAUCCAAGGAUGUCCUAGGUUACUGAAAGCCAAUAGGCACCUAAUAACAACACAAGACGUAGCCCAGCUAAACUGCUGUUCUGAGAGAAUUACUAUGCCAUACAGGCUCUACGAACACACACAUGACCUAAGCCUUUUCCUUUUCAAUGACAUUCUUGUCAUCACACAACGCACCAUCUCACACAAGCCUUUUGAACGGAUCUCAGUGACAACUCAUCAGUUCUUGGCAGUGAUAAAACUUCAUCAGCUCCUUGUUGAAGAUAUUCCAGACUCUAAAUAUAUCAAGAACGCCUUUCUUCUGCAAGGGUCCAGGUGUCAGUGGAUUUGCUGUACAGAGGAAGAUGACAAGUUCCCAUGGCUUUCUGCACUUCAAAGGGCAAUUACCUGCAGUAUAGAAGAGGAUAUAAACUUCUUUUAAGCUUUCCCAGAGUGAUUAGUUGCUCAUUACUUCUGAGGGAAUAGAGGACUGUGACCAUUAAUUAAUCUUUGUUCAGAUUCUCUUAUUGUAAUCACAUUUGGCUGACUUCGCAUGAAUGUUCACGCUUUAGGAUGUACCAAUGAUCAAUCCAUUAGUAAGGAUUAGUUGGCCAGGAUGGGGCAUAUGGUAUUUUUACUCUCUGAGCCCCUUACUUCAGUUUUUGUUUAUUUACCAGGCCCGGCAAAAGCCACCAUGAGACAUUCACAUUUUCAACUCUACUUCAAUGCAGUUGAACACAUAAACAUUUGAACACAGUGAACACUUAAAGCUUUGUGAAGCUUCAUGAAACUUAAAGUUGUACUGAACAUUUACACUGAAAACUAUGAGAAUUUUUAGAGAAGGUUAAGUGAUAUGAUAGCCCUGUUUAAAAAUUGGGAAAAAAAUCAUACUGAAGAUGGAGCAAAUUUAUUUUCUGCAGCUCCAGAGACUAGGACCAGGAGCAGCGGAUUCAAACUAUGGGAAAAAAGAUUCCACCUCAAUAUUAGGAGGAAUUUCCUGAUAGAAAGAGCUGUUCAUCAAUGAAAUACAAUUAAGAGUGUGGUGGAGUCUCCUUCUUCAGAGGUUUUUAAACAGGCUGGAUGGCCAUCUGUUGGGGGUGCUUUGAUUGUGAGUUCCUGCAUGGCAGGGUGUUAGACUGGAUGCCCCUUUAGAACUCUUCCAAUUCUGUGAUUCAAAGGUGAGAUACAGGCGCCGCAAUCCCCGCCAGAUCAGGGCGUGAGCAGCCACAGUGGCAGCUCUGGAGGCCCCAAUCCGCCACUUUUCCAGGCCUCGGGGAAGCGGCAAAAUGCUGCUUCCCCCUGGCCUGGAAAGGGGUGUCCUUGGGGCUUCAUGCCCAGGACACCCCAGGGGGCCACUGCGGAGAGAGAAAGGGGCUGCUCGGCUUGGCCCCUUUCCCCCCAGCUUCGUUCCCACAGCCAUUUUAUGGCUAUGGGAACGAGGCGCUCCCCAGGAAGGAGCUCCAUUUUGGCGGUCCUUCCGGUGCCGCUGAAAGGGCGCCACAAGCACCCUGCAGUGGCGUGAGCACAUCACACCCACGCCGCACUAUUUGGCUGUGGCACGGUCGUGACUUCAUAAUGGCAGUGCCGUACACAGGGCGCCAUCAUUAUAGCGUGGCAGGUAUGUGCUAGGGUUGCAGGGCAUCCGUAAAGGAUGCCCCAAGGCAACCGUAGCAUGUCAUGACGGCACUCCAUAGGGCCUGUCUGUAAAGCACCUAUGAUUCUAACUUUUGCAACCAUGUAGGAUGGAUGUAAAUUGAUCAUCUGUAGCUCCUAACAAAUGAUUUAUGGUCAGUGAAGUGAUACAGUGGUGCCUCGGGUUACGAAAUUAAUUCGUUCCGCCGCCGCUUUCGUAACCCGAAAAGCAUUCGCAAGCCGAAAUGCCAUAGGCGCUAA